AUGUCGGAAGUCGAGCUCUCCCGCUCGGAGAAGAAGAAGAAGAAGAGCAGCAAGCACUCCAAGGAAGAAUCAGCCGACGCCGACGGCGAGAAGAAUCAAACCCAACAACAAGACGCUGAUUUCUUGAUCAAACCCCAGGCCUACACCCCAUCAAUUGAUACUUCUCAGUGGCCUAUCCUCUUGAAGAACUACGACCGCCUCAAUGUCCGAACCGGUCACUACACUCCCCUGCCUUCCGGGUUUUCUCCCCUGAAGCGUCCCCUGGCUGAGUACAUCCGUUACGGGAUCAUCAAUCUCGACAAACCGGCCAACCCAUCAUCCCAUGAAGUAGUGGCAUGGAUUAAGCGGAUCCUCCGGGUCGAGAAGACGGGCCAUUCCGGGACUCUGGAUCCCAAAGUCACGGGUAAUUUGAUUGUUUGUAUUGAUAGGGCUACCCGGCUGGUUAAAUCCCAGCAAGGGGCCGGUAAAGAGUAUGUUUGUGUUGCUAGGUUGCAUUCUGCAGUGCCUGAUGUUGCUAAGGUGGCAAGGGCGCUGGAGACUUUGACUGGUGCUGUUUUCCAGCGUCCCCCUUUGAUUUCUGCUGUUAAAAGACAACUUAGGAUAAGGACUAUUUACGAAAGUAAGCUUCUUGAGUAUGAUGCUGCUAGGCAUUUGGUUGUUUUCUGGAUUUCAUGUGAGGCUGGUACUUAUGUCAGGACUAUGUGUGUUCAUUUGGGUUUGUUGUUGGGUGUUGGGGGGCAUAUGCAGGAGCUGAGGCGUGUUAGGUCUGGGAUUAUGGGGGAUAAGGAUAAUAUGGUUACUAUGCAUGAUGUUUUGGAUGCUCAGUGGGUUUAUGAUAAUUACAGAGAUGAGAGCUAUUUGAGGAGGGUUGUUAUGCCUUUGGAAGUGUUGUUGACUAGUUAUAAGAGGCUUGUUGUGAAGGAUUCGGCUGUGAAUGCUAUUUGUUAUGGUGCUAAGUUGAUGAUUCCGGGGUUGUUGAGGUUUGAGAAUGAUAUCGAGGUUGGGGAAGAGGUGGUUCUGAUGACCACCAAGGGGGAGGCUAUUGCAUUGGGAAUUGCUGAGAUGACCACAGCAGUCAUGGCUACUUGUGAUCAUGGUGUGGUUGCCAAAAUUAAGAGGGUUGUGAUGGAUAGAGAUACCUAUCCUAGGAAAUGGGGUUUGGGACCCAGGGCUUCUAUGAAGAAAAAGUUGAUUGCUGAGGGGAAGUUGGAUAAGCAUGGAAAACCAACUGAGAGCACUCCUGCUGAAUGGAUGAGGAAUGUAGUUUUACCUACAGGAGGGGAUUCAGUGAUUGCUGGCAUGGCAGCUGUUGCUUCUGCGGAGCAACAAGGUGCUGUGGAAAGUGAGACUCCCGUAGCUGAUGAGAAGAAAAGGAAAAAGAAACACAAGGACGGUGAGGAAGAUGGGAAUGGAGAUGUUGGGCACAAACGAAAGGUUGAUGAGAUUGAUGGUACCCCUGCCUCUGAGGAAAAAGAAAAGAAGAAGAAAAAGAAGAAAGAGGAAGGUGAUGCAGUAUCUGCUGAUGGGGAAAAGUCAAAAGAGAAGAAAAAGAAGGAUAAAAAGAAGGAUGAUUCUGCUCCAUCCGAUGAGGACAAAUCUGAAAAGAAGAAAAAGAAGAAGCACAAGGGUACCGAAAAUGGUGAUUCUGUUUUGCCGGCGGCGUCAGGUGAGGAUGAGGCAUUAGCAGUGCUCAUCUUGCAUACUGCUCCUGUCUUUCAAACGGAAGCAAUAAAUGGCGCUGAUUACUCCUUUGAUCUUAUGCAUAGGGAUUCAUCGAGAUCUCCUUUCUGCGAUCUUUCCUUAACUCCACACGAGCGUCAGAAAAAUGCUUUCCAACGCUCAAAAGAUCGAAUGAACUCUUUGAUAUCUACAAGUCUGCUUCCUAGUGGAGGCGAAUACUUCAUGAAAAUAUCAUAUGGAACACCACCAUUAGACACACUAGCUUUAGUCGACACAGGCAGUACCCUGUCUUGGACACAGUGCCUACCUUGUCAACACUGUUUCAAAGAUGAUGUCCCCGUCUUUGCUCCGAAACAUUCUUCAACCUUUGAGUUUGUUCCUUGUCAUACAAAGGAAUGCCUCCAUACGGGAACUUCGUCAUGUGAUUUAAAAUCAAACCGCUGCCCUUAUGAAUUAACUUACGGGAUAGGUUUCAUAACUAAGGGAGAUGUAGUGAUGGACACUAUCACCUUGAUCGGCGGUUCGAACUACAAAAAUGUGUCAUUUCCCAAAUUUGUUUUUGGUUGCGGGAACAACCAAACUGGUCCGUUUCCAAGCUUGGGAUCUGGCUUAGUUGGUUUCGGGUAUGGGCAUUCAUCAAUUGUUGAACAGUUGUAUCCUUCAAUCAAAGGCAAAUUCUCCUAUUGCCUGGGACCGGUAACAGGGGAGGAUGUAUCAAGAUCAGGGAAACUCAAUCUUGGUCCAAACGAUGUGUUUUUAGGUGAUGGUGUAAUUUCGACACCACUUUCUUUGGAGUUGUUCUACGGCUUAACACUGGAAGGGAUGAGUGUGGAAGAUGUAUCCUUCAACCGUACUAAUAAGUCGAACCCACAUUCAAAGCGCGUCAUUGUUGAUUCAGGAACCACCAUUACUUAUCUUCCUCCAGUACUCUACGGAGAUCUUGAAUCAGCCGUGAAGCAAAAGAUUAACAUGGAUAAAUUGAUUGUGCCUGAUCCAACAAAAACGUUUAGGUUGUGCUACUCUUCUUUAGAAGGCGUUCGUCUUCCCACCGUCACAUUACAUCUCAAAGGUGCGGACUUGGUAUUGAACUCAGUGAACACUUUCGUAAGUACCUCGAAUUCUUCCAUUUGUUUAGCUUUUAGGGAUGCUGGGGCGGAUAUCACGGUUUUGGGCAACAUACAGCAAGUGAGCUUUUGGAUCGAAUAUGACUUAGAAAAGAAGGUUGUAUCCUUUAAGCCUUCUGAUUGUACCUCAGAACAGUAG